CGCUUGUCCUAUUUAUUUAUUGAAUGUACUUAAGCUCAAUAUGCGAGCUUUAUUCUUGUACUCGAUUGCACAUAAUUGUAUUUGGAAUGGACCGAUUAAUAAUAAGUGCAGUAAUCGGUCAAUUACUCACGGUAUUCCGUCGAAUAAAUACAUAAAUACGGAUCAGCUUGACGGAAGUUCAUAUUUGGUCAAGAAAGAGCGCUGUGAACACUGAACAGUCCAUUGCUUUUUUCAUUAAUAAUUGCUAGUUUUAAGUUACUUAAACACCCCAAUCCUCACUCAAGCAAGAAUGCAUGACUUAAAAGCAUAUCAAAAACUCCACCAAAUGCCAAUCAGAGAUGUUAAGUUCGCGCUACAAGAAAGGCCAUUUAAAUGGAAAGAAACUAACGCACGAAUUAUCGACAUAGGAUGUGGCGAUGGAAGUGUCACUAUGAACGUUUGGAAAAAGUAUAUACCGACAAACUUCUUCAAUAUAAUUGGUAGUGACAAGAGUCAAUACUGUGUGAAUUUUGCAACAAAACAUUAUGCGAGUGAACACGUUCAGUUCAUAAAACUUGACAUUGAGAAAAAGAUACCUAAAGAACUAGUUGAAAGUUUUGACCAUGUGAUCUCGUCCUACACAUUUCAUUGGGUGAAUAUGCAAGAGGCUGCAUUUUCCAAUGUGUACAACCUUUUGGCGGUAGGCGGUAACUGUCUGUUAAUUUUCCUGGGAUAUUUUAAACCGUAUGAAAAUUACCGCAAACUUUCCCGCACACCAAAAUGGAGCGCUGAUCUUGAAAAUCUUGCCACUAAGUUUAUGUCGCCGUACCAUGAUUCACAGGAACCAGAAAACGAAAUAAUUAGAAUAAUGCAACGUGUUGGUUUCCGAGACAUUGAUGUAACAUCGCACCACAAAACCUUUAAUUAUGUUCAUGGUGUGGAUGACUUUAAACUGCUAAUGAAAUGCCUGAAUCCCUUCGACAGCUUGAAGGACAAAUGGGAAGAUUUCAUGGAUGACUACGUCAAUUUGGACCCGGAGGCCGGGACCAGCGUCUACCAGUUAUUAAUUGUUUAUGGUGCCAAGUAAUCAUUCAGUAUUAGGUCAUCUCUUCAUAAAUCAUAUUACGAGUUAUGCCAUCAGUCCCUAGCGUUUAACGAUAAUCUCUCACGAAAUGAGUAUAUUUAAAUUAUUUUUAUUACUCGUAGGCUAUAAUGUUGAAUUAAAAUUUCGUAUACCAAUCUAUUAUUGCGUACUUUUCAUGUAUGGGCUACUCAACUAUAAUAGUACAUUAAUAUACAAGUGCGAAAAAUAGAAAAUUCGAAACAAGUGGCGAUAAAUUAAAAUACGACCGAAGGGAGUGUUUUAAAUCGACACGAGUUGCGAAUUACCUAUUCGCACUACUAC